AUGUCCGAGCGAAAGGUUCUCACAAAGUAUUUCCCCCCGGACUUCGAUCCACGCGCCCUGACGCGCAAGCGUGGGCCCAAGUCCACGGGCGUCAAGACGCAGGCCGUCCGCAUCAUGGCCCCCUUUUCGAUGAAGUGCACGACAUGCGGCGAGUACAUCUACAAGGGCCGCAAGUUCAACUCGCGCAAGGAGACGCCGCAGGGCGAGCGGUACCUCGGCAUCCAGAUCUUCUUCUUCUCGAUCCGCUGCACGCGCUGCUCGGCCGAGAUCAUCUUCCGCACCGACCCCAAGAUCAACGACUACACCAUGGUCAAGGGCGCCGUGCGCAACAUGGAGCCGUGGCGGAACCGCGCGGGCGAGGACGAGGGCGUCGAGGAGCGGCUCGACCGCCUCGAGCGCGAGGAGGCCGAGGCCGCGGGCGAGGAGGAGAAGAACGCCAUGGAGGACCUCGAGGCCAAGAACGCCGACGCCCGCCGCGAGAUGGCGGCCGCCGACGCCCUCGACGAGAUUCGCCAGCGCAACGCCCGCAUCCAGAGGAGCGAGAAGGAGGGCGUCGACUUUGCCGACUAUGUCAGGAGGUCAUGGAGGAUGUCGAGGAGGACGACGAAGAGCCCCACCCUUUGUCGAGGGCAACUGGGGGGGGCCUCCUCCUCCUCCUCCUCCUCGGGGGGAGCACCAUCAGCAUCAUCAUCUUCCUCCUCCUCAUCAACAACACCAAUGGCAGGGGCAUGGGCACUGCUAUAG